UCCCCUCAGAAGGCAGACCAAGGCGAUGACGUAGGUGACAUCAAGGACGCCUUUUACUACUACUGUUGCACUUGCGUGAGGAGGCGGAACUUUAUUUCUAAAGCUCUGGUGGGGUCUAGUCUGGAGGAAGGUUUAGUGCUGUGCACGGCUGUCAAAAUAAGAGUGGUGUUCUGUUAAGGACAGGCGCUACAGAGAUAAAACCAGCAGAAUGUCGCAACCAGACAGCAGAGCAUUGGUGUUGAGUGUACUGAUUGGAGCGGCUGGGAUCAGUUUGGCCCUUGUGUGGUACAAGAGCCGGAAAUCCAGAGUGUACACGACUUUAACUGAUUAUUAUCUCAGUAAUAACGAGAGACACUUGCAGUUCAAUGCGGAUGACAGGAGUGGGGGGGCAGUGCUUCUUUUCCAGGGGAAGCAGACAGAGAUGCUGGAGAAGCUGAACACCCUGAUCCUAUGUGUGUCCGAGCUGAAAGACGAGGUGAAGAGCCUGAAGGAAGGCAUCCCCAAGCUGCAGGAGCAGGUGAGGGAAGAGCUUCGGGGCAAGCUUGAGUCACGCAGGAUGAGUCCCCUGCACAGAGCAACACGCAGGAAAAGAACUGAGAUACCCAGAGAGGACUGCUUGAGCUCGGAGGAGGCUGAAAGUGAAGGCGGCUAUGUCACUGCUCACACGGACACAGAAGAGGAAUCUGAUGAAGGAAACAAAGAUCCUACUGUGAACUUCCCAACAACAGAAGACUUGAUAGAAGAGAAGGAUGAAUUUACGCUCCUCAUGCAAAAGGCUGACAGCUUACACACAGGUCCAGAAUCGGAGAAGAAGGAAGGAUUUAUGAUGCUGCUAGAGAAGAAAGAUCAGUAUGGUCAAGAGGUUCCAUUUCUGUGGCGAUUGGCACGAUCAUAUGGGGACAUGUUUGACUUGACUUCAGACAUUGAGGACAAGAAGAGCUAUACAGAGGCUGGAAAGAUAUUUGCUGAGAAAGCCAUUACUUUGGAUCCCAUGAGUGCUGAUAGUCACCAGUGGUUUGCCAUUAUGUGUGGCUACAUGUCUGAGUACGAGAGUGUGCAGAACAAAAUCAAGAAUGGCUAUCUCUUUAAGGAUCAUCUAGACAAAGCAAUUGAGCUCAAACCUCAGGAUCCCCUGUCUUACUACCUCCUGGGAAGAUGGUGCUAUGCAGUCUCUCAGUUAUCUUGGAUUGAAAGGAAAGUAGCUGCUACUCUUUUUGGAAACCCACCAACUGCAACAAUACAGGAUGCACUUCAUUAUUUCCACAAGGAUGAGAAUCCAUUGUUCCGUACAUCUCAUGGUCAUUUACCUAACCCACUGCUGAAGAGUUUGAAAUUGCUGGUUGUGAGCACCCAAGACUGCGAGCCACAGGACGCUGCCCUAGUCCAGCUUCCAACAUGCCGAUUGCAUGAAGGCGCUGCGGUCUUGACAGAUUUGGAAUAUUGUUUUUUUUCUGUUAUUUUUUUUAUUGCUUUUAUUCAAGCUUGCAAUUCAACAGCUGAAAUCACUCCAUAUCCAGUGUCCAAUCAACUGUCUCACUAAUUAGGUGACUAAGUGCAUAUGCUUCAGUCAUAGUCACUCAAGCGUGUCAUGGUCAGGGAUGAAUGAUCAAGUGAUUAAAAAGAAACCAAAAACAUUUAGUCAAUGUACAGCAUUUGUAUACCUUAUUUUUUUUCCAAAAAUAAAUGUGUUAUAAUAGUGAUAAGUUUCUUUUGGUGCUCAGUAUAUUAAGUAUGGUUCCUAGAUUAAUGGGGUAUUAACUAAUUUAACAGACUGAUUACGAAGACUACCCCACUACUCAUUAAGGUACUAAACUUUUCUUAUAUAAAUCAUGACCAGACCCUUUAGGCUGCGUAAUAACAGACGGACUGAGCUGAUUGUUGUUGAGAGCUGACUAAAGCACUCGGUUCUUUGCUAACGGCUGUGUGACUUUAGAAAAAGGUAUUGUUUUAUUAGCUGUUAACUUGGUUAUUAGAUUGCAUUUUUGUUUCCUUCUUUUCAUCAUAGACCCAGCUGUGAACCUUUGGCCUUUUCAGGGGUUAUUUGUUGCACUGAGGAGGAGUGUAGCAUGUUUCAAGAUUGAACUACAGGAAGCUAAUGAAGCAUGCUUUUCACUCUCAUUCUUUCUAUAUGCUUGUGAGAAAUGGUUUGUAAACAAAUUACCCGGUCUUUCCAAAAGAGGAAAGGUAUCAUUGUGGCAGGGCAAAAGCCCUAUAUGUAAAUAGUGUGUGAGUGUGUCGGUGUUGGGAAUAUAGGCCUGACACAAACAUGGUCACCAGUCCUGGGUGUGUGCUGUAGUGCUCGUGGUGCUUUACAAUUAUUUAUUUGUGACACAAGUGGAGUGCUGUCUGGGUUCAUGCUGGCCUCAGACAACAACUCUAGACGUGUUAACCAUCUACUAAUAACAAUAACAAUAAAAACACGAAACACAGGUCCUUCCAGAUCACUUUUCAUAAAUCAAAACAAAGGAAUAGAUUACGUUGCUUCGUCCCCUUUUUGUACCGUCAUACAUGACCCCUUGGUAAACAAUUGUAGCCACUCCUCCAGUCCGCGGCUGCCACAUUGUUUCCCUUUCGGGUCGAUGCAUUCGUGCACCGAAGCUCUGCCACCUUUCUAGAUGACCGACUUCCUUUUAACCCUGAAUAAAUUGUCAGGCCAAACAGUCCAGGGUAUUCUGUUCCCAUUACUUAGCACCCUCACAAAUCGGGAGGGAGAUUGUCUUUCUGUCGCAUAUCCCACCGCUCAGAGCGGAGCCGUAGGAACACUCGGCUGAAUCUACCAUUCCCAUUACUCCCCCCUCCCGGGAAAAAUAAUCUGCAUUUUGGUGCUUUCCCUGCACGAUGUACCAUGUGGCAUACUCGAGGAUAAAUCAGCGGUAAUAACAGGCUAAACCCAUUAGCACCUCACCUGAGUCUUGGUUUUGGGGAUUGCCACGUCGACCAAAGCCCAGAUUUUGAUGACCAUGGGUCUCACCCUUCCAUUCCCCAUUAAAAAUCCCAAAUAUUGAGUCUCUGUCUUGGCAAACGCACAUUUUCCCAAGUUAGCUAUCAGCUGGGCUACCCUUAGAGACUGAAGGACGGCUGUAACCCUAGCCAAAUGUUCUCGCCAGGUGGAGCUGUAAAUAAUCACAUUGUCAAUAUACGCUGCUGCAUAUUCACGAUUUGGGCAUAAAGUCUCAGUCUCUGAAAGGCAGCGGGCACACCAUGUAGCCCAAACGGCAUGGUUUUAAAUUGAAACAGCCCUUCAGGGGUUGAAAAUGCGGUUUUCUCUCUAGAACUGUGGGUUAAGGGGAUCUGCCAGUAUCCUUUUGUCAGGUCCAGAGUGAAAAUAAACUUUGCCUUUCCCAGUCUAUCUAGAAGCUCGUCGACCCAAGGCAUGGGGUAGGCAUCGAACUUGGCAAUAGCGUUUACCUUACGGAAAUCAACGCAGAAGCGGUUGGUGCUGUCCUUUUUGGCCACUAUCACAAUUGGACUGCACCACUCGCUCCUGGAAGGCUCAAUCACGCCAAGUUCGAGCAGUAUAAAUUCAUGUGAUAAAUGUCCCUUUCAUUUCAGCGAUCGGGCUGUCUAAUUUCAUAAUUCACUUUACCAAUAGCCUGAAUCACUUCAUAUGGCCCCUGCCAUGUAGCACAUUAUUUCGAUUCUGACGAGGGAAGCAGCAGCAUUACUUUGCCUCCUGGUCGAAAGGUUUGAAUUCUUGCAUUUUGAUUGUAAUGCUGCUUUUGCCGAUGUUGAGCCGCUUUGAGGUUGUCCUGGGCCAGACGACCGACCAAAUCUAGGCGAUCUCGAAGUAGGAUCCCAUGCUGCACUACAUUUGUGGACGAGCCUUUGUGCUCCUCCCAACCCUCUCUCAACAGAUCAAGGAUGCCCGAGGCUGUUGGCCGUACAAGAGCUUGAAGGGGGAGAACCCUGUCGAACUCUGCGGCACCUCUCUCACUGCAAAAAGGAGGUAG